AUGUCACAUAAAGACGUUGUUCUGGUCAUAAAUUUGUACCUGGAACUAUUGAAGGAGAGAGAAAGAAGCCAACCAAACAAGUUUCUAAAGUGCCAGUUUUUUAAUACUUUCUUCAAUAAAAAGCUGAUUAGUGGGAGCAAUGGCUAUGACUUCAAGGCGGUAAGAAGGUGGACGACACAAAGGAAAUUAGGUUACAGCCUUAUUGAGUGUGACAAAAUAUUUGUUCCCAUUCACAAGGAGAUACAUUGGUGUUUAGCAGUUGUCGAUGUUAAGGAUAAGAAGUUUCAAUAUCUUGAUUCACUUGGUGGCAUUGACAUAAUGGUGCUGAGAGUUUUGGCAAGAUACUUGAUGGAUGAAGUGAAGGACAAGAAUGCAAAACAGAUUGACACAUCUUCAUGGAAACAAGAAGUUGUUGAUAACCUUCCUUUACAGAAGAAUGGGUGGGACUGUGGGAUGUUCAUGCUCAAAUAUGCGGACUUCUAUAGUAGAGGCUUGAGCCUCAGUUUUAAGCAGGACGACAUGACAUAUUUCCGAAGGAGAACUGCAAAGGAGAUUCUGCAGUUGAGAGCUGAAUGAAUGAAAUAUGCAGCAUUAUGUUAGUUUUAUCCUCAAGUUUUGACGAGUUAGAAACAAUAGGAGCUGCAAAAGAGCUUGAAGGCGGGAUCUAUUAAUUAUAAGUAGCUGCAGACAAUCUAUAGAUGCCUUGAAUCCUCAGUUGCUUGGUGGGGCAUUUCGAAAUGACUCGGCCUCUUAGGAAUUUGCUAAGUUUAGUGAAUAUUGCUUCCAAAAUGGAUACAAAUGAGGCCAUAUAUAUUGGAGAUAUCAAAUGGCGAGAGAGAUGAAAGGUUUUUGUCCUCUUUCCUGAUGUGGUUGGAUUUUCCUUGCCUGUCAGGUUAUUAUUCAAUUGUUUGCCUCUUUUUGUUUGUUUAUCUUUUUGACCCUUUCACCUAAUCUCUCAGUGUAAUCAGUUAAGUAAAAAUGUGUGAUUUGUAUCUCCAAUGUAAAUCAGCGGACAUUCCACCUCGAGCAGGUGAAAUAGCAAGAAAUUUUGCUUAUGCUGUGGUUGGUUUGACAAAUCAUCCCGUGAAGAACAGUAGCAGGCUAUUUUUCUUACAUAUAGAUCAAUUUAUGUGUUCGGUUUGUUGUUUAAACUCAAGAACUUGUAUCCUAUGCUAAAUCAGUUUGAUUUCACUGUUGUUGCCAAGAU